GUGAAAGGGGAAAGUUCGGAGGUGGCCACGUUGUUGUCUUUGUGUAAAGGAGUGGAGUUCGGUCUCACAUCACUCUUCUCCCCCCCGAGUCCUUUCGAAACUCUUCCCCCCUGGGUUUCUACCCUCCCGAACCUCUCCCCUUCUACCCUUACAACCCCAACCCGUUCCCCGAUCACUUUCCAGCCUACGACCCGGAUCAUCACUGUGAUCAAAGACCCCCGUGCCCCCAAGUUCAGAAGACCCACGUACAUCAGCUACAGCUAUGGACUCCGGUGUGAUUGAAGGAGGGCUCAAUGUCACCCUUACCAUCAGGCUGCUCAUGCAUGGCAAGGAAGUUGGCAGUAUCAUUGGAAAGAAAGGCGAAUCUGUGAAGAAGAUGAGAGAAGAGAGCGGGGCACGCAUCAACAUCUCUGAGGGCAACUGUCCCGAGAGGAUCAUCACUUUGGCCGGGCCGACCACUGCCAUCUUCAAAGCCUUCUCCAUGAUCAUUGAUAAACUGGAAGAGGACAUCAGCAGCUCGAUGACAAACAGCACAGUCACCAGCAAGCCCCCAGUGACUCUCCGCAUCGUGGUGCCCGCCAGCCAAUGUGGCUCCCUCAUUGGCAAAGGUGGCUGCAAGAUUAAAGAAAUCCGAGAGUCAACCAGUGCUCAGGUCCAAGUGGCAGGUGACAUGCUGCCCAACUCCACUGAGCGCGCCAUCAGCAUAGCUGGCACGCCCCAGGCUAUUAUCGAGUGUGUCAAGCAGAUCUGUGUGGUCAUGCUCGAGUCUCCCCCGAAAGGGGUCACAAUUCCCUACCGACCCAAACCUUCAGGAUCUCCUGUCAUUUUCGCAGGCGGACAGGCGUAUGCCGUACAAGGACAACACGCCAUUCCACAGCCAGAUUCUUCCUCUGCUGCUAUCUCUCCACAGCUCACCAAGCUUCAUCAGCUGGCUAUGCAGCAGAGCCCCUUCCCCAUUGCACACAGCAACCAGGGAUUCACUGGGAUUGACACUUCAGCUCAGACCAGUUCUAAUGAGAUGAAAAUUCCAAACGAGCUCAUCGGCUGCAUCAUCGGCCGCCAGGGGGCUAAGAUCAACGAGAUCAGACAAAUGUCAGGUGCCCAGAUCAAGAUUGCAAACCCGGUGGACGGCUCCACCGACCGACAGGUGACCAUCACAGGCUCACCUGCCAGCAUCAGCUUAGCAGAGUACCUCAUCAACGCCAGGCUUUCCUCUGAGGCUACCGGACUGGCAGCCAACUGAUGAGACUUGCAGUCUGCACUACAUCUCACGACCACCAACAACAAAGAAAAGCUAUAUUACACCUAUAUAACAUCUUCCUUCCUAUGUUAGCGUCACUUCAUCCACAGCCUCCUGGACUAUUUAUUUUUUGUUUUAGUCCACCCAUGAACUAGGAUUUUAAUGCCCUGUUUUUUGGGAGAUGAGGUUUUAAAUCAGUUGAAAUUUAUUUUUUGUUUUUUUAAACAAAUAUAUUUUUGUCUUGAAACCUUUUUCCAGCUUCCAUGUUUCAGUGCAGCAGCAGAGGAAGAUUUAGAUUUAGUUGUGGACAGCGUAGGUUUCUUUGGGAAAAAAAAGACACAAAUAAAGGAUCAAAAAGAAGAAUAGAGUCACUCUUUUAUUCCCCUAAAAAUUUAUUUUGUUACACGUCAGAGAGUAGUUUUACACACGCACACAUGGUCACUAAUGCAUCAUAGGCAUAUUCCCUUUUUUGUCAUUCCCCUCCUUGGGAUGAUUUUGUUUUUUUUGCCGGGCUGGGAGUUUUUAUUUUAAUUAUUUUUUUGCCUUUGGGGUUUUUUGAGGGGGAAAGCUUUUUUUCUUGUAAAAACUGCUCUAUAGUCAAAAAAAUGUAAAAGUUGGAAUAUUUGUUUUAAAUUGACUUUUUUUUUUUUUUUUUUUUUUUUUAAAUUUUUUUUUUUACUACCAAAGGAAGGCCACUCGCAACACGUGUAUGAUGAGGCUGUUAAGAAGAAAUCAAAAUGAAGACAAAGAAGGGGUUGUGAGCUAACACUAGUUUCCUGCUCUUUGCUUUUCUCAGUUAUUGAUUUUUAUGAUGAUUAUUUGCAGGAAAAAGGACAUUUGUCCACGUUUUUCUUUUUCUGAGACUGUAGAUCUUGGGUGCCACAAAUUUGUUUAAAAAAAAAAUAAAGAUGUGAAAUGCUCUAAACACA